UCAAGUGUCUACAGCUGGAUGCGGGCAAGGAAGGUGAUGUGGACACUCCGGAACAUCCACGACGGUCAGCUGUGGCGACCUGGACGGUAGAUUGCGUUGCAUGUUGCAAGUUCAACCGUUUUCCGGCGAUCGUGCUGGAGCACGGCACCAAGUGGCACACUGCCGCUGCCCAACACCUGUUCGCCAAGGUUUGACCUCUCUGUGUCAACCUGAUCGUGGCCGAUUUGAGAAAGACCGUAAGCUGUUGAUGAAGUAACGGCGCAGGAGUUAGUGCUCAAGGUAACUAGAAUGUGGCCAAUCAGCUGAGGGGCAUCGUCACUAGGAGAUAAAUCAGGUAAGCGGCUACCCACUGAGAAAUGUAACGAGCCUGGAAAUCUGGAUACCAACGGGGACGUCAAAUUCGUCCUGAAGAAUGCAAUGGAGCCUUCGCAAGCUUCCGUAACGGCCAGUGGUGACGCUGGAUCGCGACAAGAAAACUGUCACGCUGCCUCCAUGGCGCUGUCGGUCUCAUUUCCUCAGUUCCGGUUGACAGCUGCCUCCGUCUUGAACAGGGUGCUGAACCGGAUUUCGGCAGUGUCGUGCUUCAUGCCGAUGACAAUUUGUUGUCCGUUUUGCCUUCUUUGGAUGGAUGAUCUUAUCGAAAUGAUGGGGCGCGAGCCGAUCAUGAUGGACAUCUUCCCCGAUCUUGCCCUGUGGCAUGUGCAUCUGAAGCGUGUCGCUGUACAGUUUCCGGCACAAGACAAUGAAGGAGAUCACAAAAUCAACAAGAUUUGGAUCUGACGAUUACUGAUCUUG